GGGAGGAGUAGGAGAAAGGCUAAGUGGCCAGGACCAGGGAGAGAAAAGAAGCUGUUUAAGUGUUUGCUGGGAGAUGUAGUUCGCUUCUUAGCCUGUUUGACUUUGAAUAGCUUUCGAGAGUAAAGCGAAUGUACUACAACUCCCAGAGGAAAGCGGGGUCCUUGGUAAAUUCGCGCGUGCGGCAGGAGGGACAGCUCCGGUGCUGAUGUUGAAGCCGGUUAGCAAACAUCAGAGUGUAUGUUCAGAGUGUGUCGUGUCGAGAGGGUGUGUUGUGCAUGCAUGAUCACUCCGCUAAAUCUAGAGCUGUUUUAGAUUGAGCUAGCGCAGCAUUUGACGGAGAUAAAGGAAGGACACGUUGUUGACAAUGAGACACGAAGCGCCCAUGCAGAUGGCCUCUGCCCAGGACUCCAGGUAUGGCCAGAAGGAUACCUCAGACCAGAACUUUGAUUACAUGUUCAAACUGCUCAUCAUUGGAAACAGCAGUGUGGGGAAAACUUCUUUCCUCUUCCGUUACGCAGAUGACUCAUUCACAUCUGCGUUUGUCAGUACUGUUGGCAUUGACUUCAAAGUAAAAACUGUCUUCAAAAACGAAAAGAGGAUCAAGCUACAGAUAUGGGACACGGCAGGUCAAGAGAGAUAUAGGACAAUUACUACAGCUUAUUACCGGGGUGCCAUGGGCUUUAUUCUAAUGUAUGACAUCACCAAUGAAGAGUCCUUUAAUGCAGUACAAGAUUGGUCAACUCAAAUCAAAACAUACUCUUGGGAUAAUGCCCAGGUUAUCUUGGUUGGGAACAAAUGUGACAUGGAAGAUGAGCGGGUCAUCUCAACAGAGAGAGGCAAACACUUAGGAGAACAGCUUGGGUUUGAAUUUUUUGAAACAAGUGCCAAGGACAACAUAAAUGUCAAGCAGACAUUUGAGCGCCUCGUGGAUAUCAUCUGUGACAAAAUGUCAGAGAGUUUGGAGACAGAUCCUGCCAUCGCUGCUGGAAAACAGAAUACAAGACUCAAAGAAUCGCCUCCACCACAGCAGCCCAACUGUGGCUGUUAAUGGAGCCAUUAGCUAAGGAAGCUCCAGUGUGUUCUAUUGCCAACAAAGAGCAUUCAUACAUGGUCUAUUAGCCUUUAUUUAAACUGUCUAUUUAUUUAUUUGAGGGAGUCUUUGAUGUCAGUGGGUGAUAUAUGCAUACAGCUCUUUGGAAAUUUCCUGUGUAAUAUAUGGCAAAUAUGUGAUCUUAAAUUUGUAAGGAUUAUCCAUUUAUCAACCUCUGAUAUCUGCAUGGGAAUAGGUGUUUGUUUGUCUUCUGAGUUGUUUUUUCCUUUUUUUUAAAGAUUAUUCUAAAUUCAGCUGGUGCCAUGACCUCAGACUAUAAUUUUACUGUAACUGCUGAUUGCUUCAUCCAAUUCAAAUUAUGCUACUCACGCUUGCUCUGUGGGGCAAUGAUAGGGUAUCCUAGGGUGUGGGAGGGAUGGGAGGAUGGGGGAGAAGAAGGCAACAAAGAUUCUGUGUUGUGUUUGCUUUCCUCUUGACUAAAAAUCAAUUCUGAAAUAUUACCGGUAAUUAUGGAGAGAGUCAUUGGGACUGGUUAGCUUACAUAUUAAGCAAUGUGUCCAUUUUUCACCAGUAUUAAAAUCAAGGGGAAUAUUGAAUCUGAAGAAAUACAAAUAUUAUUUCCAUAUCCCUCAGGUGUUGUAUGAGAUCUGAUGUUAACCUGGCAGAAAAGUGGAUUGAAAUAACUGUUUGUUGUUGUUAUUAAAACAACAACUACUACUAUGACAAAAUGAAAUAGGCCACUUUUGCUUAAAAUGAGGCUAAACCAUGGCGGCUGUUUCUCCUGAUUUUAUGCAUUAUUCUGAAUGUUUGGGUCACUGAGUACAUGGAGACAUAAUCAUGGAAUUCCAUUGCUCUGCAGAAAGCAUCUUGGCUGAGGCAGGGUGAAUUGGAGACUUCCAUUGAGUUCAACAGAACCAACCUUCUUUUCUGUCUCCCCUCCCUUCUUCCCAAUCUAGAAAAAACCUUUUCACCUGGGCCUGGGUCAGUCAGGCAGCACCCAGGCCAAACCAAGACCCCGUCUCAGCAGUUGUGAUUGUAGGAUCAGUGAGAACCUGAGGGCAGGUGGAUUGAGGUAGGUGGUAGAUGGGUAAAAGUUGGGGGGUUUUAUUUGAGGAGACCUUUGUGCUCCCUUCUUUCCGUGGGUUUUUGUGGAUGCUUCAGAAUUCUUUUCCCUCUGGGGGCCAUCCUGAAGUGGUUCCUCAAGCCCAUCUGGGCCUUCCCUUCAAGAUUAUUUAGUUAAUGUAAACAUGGCUUCCAAGAGGAGGUAAGAGCAGGGUUCCCCUCUGCCUUGUUUGAAAGCCUGGCGCUCCACUUUAGCUCAAGCCUUACACCCUUUGGCUUCACAAACAAAGCCUGUGUGAAUGAACUGAAGGACCUGGACAAUAUUCUCUGGAGCUAAGUUCUGUGCACACAGUCAUUGUUUCACAAAUCUUCCGAAUGACUAGAUCCUCAUUCCCAUCUACCCCGGAUAUCUGGAAGUCAUAAAUGUUGAUGACCUACUACCUACUGUGUUAAGUAUAGUAAUUCCAUAUCUCAUCGUGCUGGCUUACUGACAACUGGAAUCUGUGAGGGAUUGAUACAAGAAAGCAGGAGCUUCUUAUAAAGAAGGGGGGGGGGGGCGUUCUAUUAAGGGAGCCUGGAAUUUUUUCAGUUUUGCCACCUGAGAAGGCGAUUAUUGACCUAGGAUGUGCAGGAUUGUUUACAGGGUAAAAGGAGUCAUUGUUUUUUUUCUCUGGAAUUAUACUCAGCCUAUGAAUUUUAAAAUCAGAAACCCUUCUUCUGACCCAGUUGGUUAAAGGGUCAAGGUUUCAGAAAUGAAAGAAAAACUGGCCAGAGUUUAUUUUCUGAAGGAGCUCAGAAAACAAACAAUCCCCAUAUCAUCCCAAUUGAGUCUUAUAUUUCAAUUGAAAUUGAAUUUCAAAUUCAAUUCAAAUUUCAAUUGAAAAUCAGGAGUUACAGAUAACCAGAGAAGUUUAAUUUUUUUUUUACUUUAUUAAGUUUUGCAUGGGCAGUUUAGUUGUCCCCUAAAGAACAAUAAUGUCUCCAUUUGACAACCUGCAAGGUAUUCCUUGACCAUAGAGAAAAUAAUCUCUUUUUCUUUGGUUUUCCAUAGCAAUGAUUAUUUUUGAAGCCUUCAAAAUCAAGGCAAAGAAAACUAGCCUGGGAGAACAAGUAGCUUCCCAACUGGAUGACCAGGUUUAAUAUCUGCAUUUGGGUGUGGCUAGACAGUCAAGCUGGCUUUGAAUCGCUUUCACAAUCUAGGAAAUGACAAAAAGUAGACGUGCUUUUUUUUCUUUUCACUUUUAAACACAAAAGAAUUCAAGAUGGCAUUUUAAAGAGACCACAGACCUUUUGGAGGGGCCAUCUUCCCCUGCAUUCAUAUGGCAAAGUAAAGUGAGCAUUAGGCGCACAGUGGACAACUUAUAAGCGCUUGCUGGAUGCCUCAUUUUAAGAAGGAAAGUGAUCCAGUUUUUCCAUCUUGGAUGCUCUUGUCCCUGCAAACAAAAUACAGGGUAUUAGUGGAAACAAACUUACUCUUCGAGCAGGUAGUCAGGAAUGGGAUACUCUGUGUCUCUACCAUGUGUAUCCAUUACAUGUGUGAGUCUAGAGGCACGGGGGCACUAGUCACAGUUUGUGUCUUUACUAAGAAACAUUUGACCUUGCUGUUAUGAACGCGAUUAUUACUACCCACUUUCAGUCAGCUGUGAACCUCCCAAAUCCUGAAGGAUUCUGAACUGUUCUUUCUCACCUUCAAUUAUGCAGCUCAAAUCCCAGGGUAGAUUCCUUCUGUUUUCUAUAGCUGAAUGGGAAGUGGCAAGGGCUGGUUGGCACACCUCUGAAAUGGGGGGGGGGGGGGAUUCCAUAUGCUAGCUGUGAAACACUGAGAAAUGCUGGGUGUGAUUGUUUAAUUUUGUUCUUGAUCUUCUCCAGAGGUCCUGACUUUAAUACCAAAAACUACACAUGGAGAAAUGGCCUUGGAGCAAAUUUUGUGAAUGUUCUUUAGGAAAUGUGCUGUUCUAUGUAAUUAUGGUGUUCUAUCCCCAUGUUUCGGUAACCUGCUUCUCUCCUUUAUAGCCCAGAGAGUAUUACCUGACCACUUAACUGGACGUUGUUAGGGGAAAGAACUUGAUAUGUAUAUAUGUAUGUUCCUUAGCUGCCAGAAACCUGGGGGACCAGUUAGAGAACUGUUGACAGUCAUAUUUCAGAGACCACGAAGGACUGUCACUGGGGAGAUGGACUCUAUGUGGAGUCUAUGGAUAGGUAUUGACUCAACCUCAGGUCACAUCCUUUUUGAGAGAUUAUACCUGCCAUCCAUAUUGAUGCCAGAACAUCAUAGCAUUCCUCAUGUUGAAACCCACAAGACCUGAGUUCAAACCUUGUCUCCUAUGUAAACUAAUUAAAUGACCCAGCAAAUCACUUAAAUCCUUAGUGUCCUCAUGUUGAAACCCACAAGACCUGAGCUCAAACCUUGUCUCCUAUGUAAACUAAUUAAAUGACCCAGCAAAUCACUUAAAUCCUUAGUGUCCUCAUGUUGAAACCCACAAGACCUGAGCUCAAACCUUGUCUCCUAUGUAAACUAAUUAAAUGACCAGCAAAUCACUUAAAUCCUUAGUGUCCUCAUGUUGAAACCCACAAGACCUGAGCUCAAACCUUGUCUCCUAUGUAAACUAAUUAAAUGACCCAGCAAAUCACUUAAAUCCUUAGUGUCCUCAUGUUGAAACCCACCAAACCUGAGCUCAAACCUUGUCUCCUAUGUAAACUAAUUAAAUGACCCAGCAAAUCUCUUAAAUCCUUAGUGUCCUCAUGUUGAAACCCACAAGACCUGAGUUCAAACCUUGUCUCCUCUGUAAACUAAUUAAAUGACCCAGCAAAUCACUUAAAUCCUUAGUGUCCAAGGCAACUCUCAAACUCGGUUGCAGAGCAAGUUCCAGCCUGCACUGGAAGAGACAAUUUCCUCAUCCAGGAAUUCCCUUUAUCACAAUCACAAUUCCAACACCUAUAUAAAAGCAUUGGACUCUUCUGUGAGGGAGAGAAGGAAGAUGACAACAUGAAUGCAAAAUGACCUGAAUUUUAAUGGGGAAAGUCUAUACUCUUCAGAAAAGUCUUCUGCUGAACGAUUAGUAGAGGUAGUUUUAGAUCUCCCUGGUCCAAAGUAAAAUAAAAUAAAAAAGAUAAAGACCCAACUCUGAGAAAGAGCAAUACUGCCAAAUAGUCAUUUUUUUAAGGAUGCUAUUCCAGCUUUUAUGUACUUCAAUCCAGACUUUCAUUCUCUGGUCUUCACCGCUGGAAUGAGUCAGACCCCAUUGCCCUGAGCCCCUCUACCUGAAAGAGAGAAAGCUCAAACAUUUCAGAAGUGUACUUCCAAGAGCUUGGACCUAAACAAAUAGCCAGGUUUAUGGAAGUAUCAGCACUAUGUUCAAGCCUGGAAGGAUCCGAACAUGAAUGCGAUUUUUUUCCAGGUAAAUGUUAAGAUAAUAAUGAAGCUUCAAUUCUGUAGACAUUAAAAAAAAAGAUCUGCUUUGAGCCAGCCCAGUGGAUACUUCCCUUGUCCACCCAAAAGGCUUAUCUCAUGGGCACUGCUCCUUCCAUGAAUUAUCUAUAUUUCCUUGAUGGAUUUUUAAGGCAUUAGACAUAAUGGACUUUAAGAAAACUGGUCUACUUCACAUGAAUUCCUUUCUGCUGCAGCAUCAUUCUGUAUGUUUAUUAGUGUUGAGGUUUUUAUUUUUAAAGGAAACUGAGUGUGCCUUCAUUUGUGAUCAAAUGAUAGCAUUAACACAUAGUAAAUGUGGAAUGAAACACUUGGAAAAUUGUCACCUAAUUCCAUGGGAGACCAAUAAUUUGAAUACACCAAUAUAUAUAUUUUUAUGCUUUCCUUUUCUGCAGAUAAUUUAUAAACCUUUUAGUCAGAGUAUUACCUUGCCUUUUACUUGGGUGCGUGUGUGUAUGGGUGUGGGUGUGGGUGUGUUGUGUAUACAUGUGUAUGUUGUGGGAGUACCUAUUUAAAUUUCUGGACCUUGUGAUAUCACUUUGUAAAUGGACUAUGCUUCCCAUUCUCAUUCCACAAGCCCAACUUGGGUGCCAUGCUUCGAGGUGAACUUUCCUAAAGUGGCAUCUCCUGGAGGCAGUCAUCAAUAAUCCCUGGCUCAUUGCCAAGUGCUUUAUCCCAGAGCACUGGGUGUCUUAGUGCAUGAUCAUAAUAUAGUAUGCAAUCAUUGUAUGCUAGAUGCAAAUGUUGCAACAUGACCUUCAUCAAGCCAGUAGUAUCUCUGUGACUCUAUAGUACCCAUUUAUUAGAGAGAUUUCUGAGCCCUAAAAAUCUGAGGUAGCAACUGCAUGCAUUGAAUUGUGAUAUAAAUUGCAUUUUUAAAUAAUUAUAAAAGUCUUCAGGGACCCAACAGUCCCUUUGUGUGUGUGCACGUCAAUAUUUCUAGACCUGAAAAAGUCUUUCCCUGUGUGCAUGACUAUUGAUUGGACCUCUGCUCCAGUUAGAGUGAGGAGUACGAUACUGCUUCUGUAGCUCGAUCUUGAAAGUCUUUUCAUCCAGCCACCAGAAAGGAAGUUUUUGUUCAGCUUUGCCCACCCAGCUGAAGCACCUGCACCUUAUUUAGUACAAAGUAGGGUGGUGUUGCUGCUGAGCACAGUCUUUUGGUAUUGGUUCCAGCAUUGAGACUGAUUUGGAUUUCAGAUAUACUUCUGAGGAGUCAAGUCUAAAUCGUAGCCCAAGGUGGUAUGAAGGCAUUAGAUAGGAGAGGAAGCUGAUGGCCUGAACAAUCCAUACUAGGGAUCCUAGGCUUCCAGAUCCCCACCUUUAGGAGAAAAUGUAUGCCUUUCUGCUGGGUGGGCUUGUCUAACCCACUUCACUUCUAUUUCUCUUUUCAUUGUUAUAAAACUUGGAAAGAAAUAUUUCAAGGUGAGAAUCAAAAACCUUACUCCUCGAUAAAAAUGAAAGAUUCGUUCUUCACCCAAAAAAAGAAACAAUUCUAUAAAUAAUAGUCUUGAUACAGAAGGAAAGACAACUCCAAAUUAUUCUCAAUCCACAAAAAUCCAUUCGUUUCGCCCUUAAUUCCUUCCUUAAGCAAAGCACAUGAAUGCAGUUCAUCUCUUGUUACUGACUUGACUCUAAUGGAGUGGGAAGGGCAGUUUUUACUUCAGUGUUCAAAUAUGCAAAGACCAGUUAAUUUUCAUUUAACUGAAGUGUUUCUAGGGAUAGAAGUCUUGUCUGAGUAAAUAAUCUUGACCUGGGCCUGCAGCAAUGGUUCUCAGUUCUAGAUUAAUUGAAUAUAAUUAUAUACCUGGUUCACAUGUGUAUGACCACUCCCCCUAAAUACAGAUGGUAGAAGGAAGACUAAGAAUGUCAGUAACAUGCUAAAGAAUGCAAGCGAUGUUUUUUUGGUUCCACAAUUAGCAAAAUGCCUAAAUGAAGCAUCUUAUUUUUUUCUUUCUGCUAUUUAACCCCACAGGGUUAAGCCAAACCAAGGAUUGAAUCCUAAGAGCAUUUAUUAAACAUCUUCUGUAGGCCAGGAUUCUUCUAGGUGCAGAGAAUACAAAAACAUAACAAAAACAGUUCUUGCUCUCAAGGAACUUAUGUGUUAAGAGAGGGAAAAAAAUUAGGACCCAAAAUUCAAAUUACAUUUACAUCAUAUUAGCACCUAUUCAUUUCCAGAAAGCCUGGAAAUUUGUAUUAAAAUUAAUUUGAGGGAUUAUCUAUGCAUUUAAUUUAAUUUGUACAAUUCCUACUUUCCCAUUAUUGUUGAUAAUUCAAAGCUAGUUGUAGGUGUCUUCCCCCAUCCUUCCCCAAAUUUCUCGAUUACUGAUUCUUGUCAAGCUGGGAUCCACUUGGGUCAAGUCCACAAGCCCUACAAAUGCUGCUCUUGGAGACAGCAUGAACAGAUGGUCUACAAUUUGCACUCGGAUACCUGGCAUUUCAGAGAGAGAAGGUGCCCCAAUGUCGUCUAGCAGUUUUCAUGUCAUGAAAACAAAAUCUGCUGAUCACUUGCCAUUUCAAUGAAUGGUUUGCCACAGGUAGUCCCACUGUCCCUGUGAAUGAAUGUGGAAUGAGAACUGUUUGUCCUAUAAUUCCCCUUAAUAUAUUGUCGUCAGAUGUGAUGUGCUACUUUUUUGGACUGUCAGAAUGUACAACUAUUUAAUGGUGUUUGUGGAACUGAAAUGUCUUAAAUGUUGCAUGAAAUAUGUUAUAAAAAUAAAUUUGUUUUCUAUUUUUCAACACCUCUAAAUUGAGGGUUCAUGGGCCAAUAAGUGCAAUAUUUAAUGACUUACUCAGUGUAUAUAAACUAGUGUGAAAGGGUGAAUUUUGAUGAAUGAAUGAUGGGCAACUGCUGUUUGUAUGACUUACUCAAAAGAUUUAUUGUAGUUGUAUAUGUCAAGUGGUGAGUUUUAUACAGUAAAUACUUUUAUUGGUGUAGUGUGAGACUCUUCCAUGCCUAACCUCAACUAUUUUUCCUCUAGAAAGCAAAAUUUUCCCAGGUACAUGUCAGUUUUACAAUUAUGUUUUACAUUUAUGGGUCUUCUUUCUUCAGACAUAAUGGUAGUAGAGCGCUAUUUUUGUUUGAAUAGAGGUUUUUUGGUUGUUGUUAGGGGGAGUAAUUAUGAAGGUUUUCCCCUAUAAGUCCAAAAUUAUUUCAUUUCUGAUUGGAUAAUGCAAAUUCUUGAUAACUACUAACUCCAGGGACCCAGGAAAACUUAAAUAUUGCUCGUUAGGAAAGAAGAAACUUGUUCUCUGAAUGACUGACCCAAAUUUUUGUCUCUUGAGAAUUUUGCAUUAUAUUUAUUUUUAUUUCUACUAUUAUGAUUAUUCAAUUCUAUGGUGUUUUGCCCUAUAUACAUAGACCCUAGGAACCUUGGGCAGAGCAUUUUCUUAGAUGGUUUUGUCUGAGUAGGUAUAAUGAGUGCCAGUUCUCCAUUGUCCACAAUGAAAAUUGAGACUCAAAGCAUCUUUAAAACAUUUUGGAAGAUAGCAAUAACCACCAUCCCUACUCAAAUAUUCAUUUUCUGUUCUUCAUGUUUUAGCCAACUCUGCUGUUUCUGACCUGGAACUUCACUAAAGAACAAAGAAGGCCACUUUAUUUAUAAAUAAUUCACUCAUAAAUAACAAAUUGACUAUAAUUUAGUUACCUGUGGUACAGGUUCAAAGUAGACCAAUUACUUUAAAUUAUUAUUUCCUCUAUGCUAUUUCUGUCCUAGGAAAUAAAUAAGUCUUUAGAACUGUAUGCAAUACUUCUACUAUUCAACAUAGUAAGAUCCAUUAAAGGUAGUGAUGUAUAGCAAAUAGAAAACUUCAGGGCCAGGAAGACUUGAGUUCAAUUCCUUACUUAAUGAUGCUGAUCAGGUAAGUCUAAGACUGUAAGUUGUAGAUAAAUGACUAUUCUGAUCCAAUGGAAGGAGUUUUGACACUGGGACUUUCUCAUACAGAAGAAAAUUGCAGACCUAACCUUUUAAAAUAAUGUCACAUUAUACUCUUCAGGGUAACAAUAAGUUUUUUUUGUCAUACAUUAAAAUUACUGCAGGAUAAGCUGUUUCUCCCUUGACCAACUGGUAUCUCUAAACAAUUAUGCCUUGUGUUUUCCUUGACACUUUUCAUAAAAUGGUCAUCGAAAGGUACCAAAUUGCUUUAAACAAUGGUGACCAAUACAUGGGGUAUUGUUCAAACCCAUAAGAAGUGAUUUUUUUGCAUUUUUGUACCUAGUCCUCAAUUCCACUGAAUAAAGUCAGUAUAUUCAAAACAGGAAAUAAUGGGAAGUGUCUCCGUCCCUCUUCAAAAAAUAUGGAGAAUCUUUGGCUAUUAUUUUAAGGACAUAGACAAGGAAUUUAUUUAGCACACAUUUGUUCAGCUCAGUACUCAACGAUGUUGGGGAAGGCAAAGUAAUCUGGGCAUCAUAUUUACAAUUUAUUUGGAAAGUCAAGAACAACACCUACUCAACACUUUACACACAAUACAAUUGUGUGGUCCAGAACAGGAGUGCCAGAGACACUGGGGUUUUCUAUCAGGACUGGAAUAAUCAAGAAAAUGUUUCUGCUAACAUCAAGAUAAUCCAGGCUUUGGAUGAACAGGGAUAGCUACGUAAAUGGAAAGGGGAAGGGUUCUAAGUAGUAAAAGUGAGAAGUCUUAUAGGCAUAGCAUAAGUGGCCCGAUUUACUUUUUUAAAGAUUCCUUGAAUUAUCUGUCCAGUUUGACUGUCUCAGUUGGCCCAGUGAAUUUGAUAGGGAGGAAAUUUUGCUAUUGUAGGGAGUAAGGUAGACCCAGGUUCUGGCAGAAAAUGUGAACUGGUUUCAAAGAAGUCUUUAAGCAUGGACACAAGUGUCUUUCCUCCCUUGAUAAUGCAACUAUCCAAGAAAUCCAAGGUGAUAUCACUUAGUAGACAAGCAGAUUGUGUUACCUAUUAUUUGACUUCAACAUUCUAUGUGCCAGGGAAGUGGGAUAGGCUCAGACCAAAUGGCUCCUUUUAUGGCACUUUCAGUUUCUUGUUAAAGAUGGAUUUUCUAAAUUGUUUUUGAGAAAAUAUUAAACUACUCACUUCUGAUACAUCUGUGUGGUGGUUAUGUUCCAAAUCCUACUAAUGCCAUAUAGUAAUUGUGAUUUUAAAUUGUGAGUUUAAACACUGCUGAGUAGCAGAUGUCAUGGCUCUUCUUGUGUCCGCAGGAAUUUUUGUCUGGAUGUAAAUCAAUGAGAUUUCUUCACAUGUGGAGUUUAAAUUAUUUGUUGAAAUUAGUUCUGUAAAAACUGUGUGUGCUACAUUGGUAUUCAGUUCAUUUGUGAAUUCUGUAGAACAAAGUGUCUUCUGUUCAUUGGAUUUAUUUUAUUUUUUGGAGAUGACAAUAAAUAUCCAAGAGACUAUAUUCCUGAA